GAAUUUAAGUUUUGUUUUUAAAGGUUAAACAAAAAGUUCUCUAGAUAAAAUUACGUGCAAAAAUUUAAAAAAGUUAUUAAAAUUAAAAAAAAAAAAGUGUUUGAAAUUUGUCUUACUAUAAUUGCAAAUUCUUUUGCACCUCGAAAGAUAUUUGAAAUAAGAAAAAAUAUGGAUGAAAAAAACGUGACCAGCUCCGAAUCAAAGAAAGCUCAUACAGUGCCAUAUAUUUUAAAAGGAGAAUUUUUCGAAAUUAUAAAACAAGAAGGUGAGGCUGUUACGGUUCGGUGUAGGAAGUGUCCACAGAAAAAUAUUUAUAAAGGUAGUGUAAAAAGCACUGGAAAUUUUCAUAUGCACAUUAAGAGAAAACAUCCAGAGUCAUUAGAAAGACUCCAAGAACUAAAAUUGCAAUCUUUUAUGGAUAGAAAAAUUAAAAUACCGGAGAGAUCAAAACAUCACACACUUUAUACACUUAUCAACAGUAAUAGAGUCAAUAAUGGAAAUAAUAUUUCAACACCUGCUAUAAAUUUAUAUUCAAAUCCAAUUCCCAUUACAAACCAUUUUGAGAUAUCUAGUAAUAACAAUCAACCAAUCAAUUGUUGCAAGAAGGCAAAAAUUACAACUAGUGGGAAUAUAUAUGAACCGAAAAUGAGUAACAUACAGAAUACUCAAGUGAUAAAUACAAGCGAUGAAAUUACGUCAAAAUGUAAUCAAUUUAAAAAUUUGAAUGAUGAAAAAACUAUUGACAAGCAAAACAAUUCAAAUAACUUCUACUCACUAACGCCAAAUGCAACUAAUUUUCAAUUAACAUCAAGUGAACCUUCAUCAAAAGAUCAAUAUUAUACAUUCCAAACGAAUGGCACUUCAAAUAAUAAUCUUCCUAUUACAGCAACAUUAACAGCAGCUUCAAUGAUAUUGUCUCCUACUCAAGAAAUUCUUGGAAAAAUUGAUAAUCACUUGAAAUCGAUUGAAAGGCAAUUGCACUUGCGUAACCAAAUUGAAACGAACAAAAUUUACCUUGAUUUAGCUAAAUUCAAAUAUCUUCAUCCUAAUUUUGCUUUUCAAGGUUAAAAUUGUGAAAAUGUAAGAAAAAAUAUACAUAUGUAUGUAUUAGACAGGAUCUAAUAAUUUAUUGGUUAAAGGACAAAAUUUGUGAAGUCACAUUUGAAUUUUUAUUUUUAUUUUUAA